GCGCAACCCGACUUUCUAUUUUCGAGCCUCGAAUAUCUUCCUCCCGAACCGUGCUCUAAUCGUGAGAGGAUAAUUUUACGUUGAACAGGUUACACCUGUAGCUACUUCCCAAGAUGGCACCAACCAUCCAGUCAGGGUUGCCCAACAUGGCAGCUCAAUCAACACCUAAAACCAUGUCCUCCCGCCUGAUGACCAUGAAGUUCAUGCAGCGCGCAGUCGCCUCCGAAUCGAACUCGCCAACGACACCAAGGUCGGACAACGAGGGUUCCGCGAAGAGGCGCAAGGUCUCGCACACUUCAGCAAAGUCCUCCCCGAUUACGCCGCUGUAUGACCAGAAAGCCGUGCAGGCGGCGCUCGAAGAGGAAGACAAGAAACGCCAGGCCGCGAUAGAGAGGCGCGCGGCGGAGCUGGGCGACUCGCGAUGGGUGCUUGAUGCGCACCUCCCCUCGUCGGGGGCCGGCUUGAAUUCGCCCCUAAACGUCGUUCAAGUUGGCUUCUCUCAGAUCGACUCGACAGCCGCACCAGGAGAGAAGGAAGACACCAAGGAAGAAGCGAAACCAACUCCUACUAACAUUUUCCGGCGAUUUAACAUGAAGAAAUCCAAGGAACCUGUGUCAAUCUCCGAGUCGGACAGCGAUAGCUCGGAUUCGGAAGACGAGCCAAAUGACUCUUCGUCCCCUGCUCCACGAGGCCGAAGUGACGAUAAAUCUCUAGGAUCAAGCGCUGAGAAGAGGAAGCGUUCAGGUUCCGGAGUUUCGAGCAAACGCAGCGAAAAAUUAGCCAAGGCACAAGAGCUAGCCGGGAAGCGGCGGAAGAAAGAGAUCAAGCUGAACCAACUGACGUCGAUUUCCUCGUCAGGUUCUUCGCGGCCCGCGCCCACAAAGUGCUACAGCUGUCAGCAGCCUGGCCAUAGGGCCGCUGACUGCCCCCGAAAAUCCUCUCGAUGAUGUCUACGUAUGCUUCCAGCCAUAGGGGCCCUUCUACUUGGUUCCAAGUUACGUGUUCGCGCCGGCGGGUUGUAGGUUGAACCGCACAGUUCAGUCAGAACGCCAUCCGCUUUAUCAGCCGCCCCAUUCCCGGCGAGAGCGGACCGAUUUUAGCUGCCUAGCUUCGGCUAUGCCCAC